CAGCAGUACCUUUCCUUCUCUAUGUGCUUGGCCUUCCUCAUAUGUGACAUAGGGGAGGAUGUGGAGGAACACAAAUGCCUUUGUUGCUGGCUGAGCUCAUCUUUCCAGCUGUGAGAGUGAUGGAGAGUGGGAUGAAGAACGGGCUUAUGGCCGCACGGACUGCUGCACUGAUGAAUUGAGAGGAACAGGUGUCAGCCAUCGCAGAACAGAAGGAGCUUUGGUGACGUAAAACAGAACUGGUUUUGGAUGGUUUUCUGGUCUGGACCUGCUUUGGGCAGUUUGGACAACAACUGGACAUAUGGUGAUGAAAAACUUCUUCAUAAAGCACUACACAAAUCACAGUCUCUAUUUGACAAACCUUUAAAUGUCCGUAAGACUGAGCAUGAUCUAAUUGGUGUUAGCAUUGUCAUAUAAGAAGUUGUUUUCUGUUUAGGAGGUAAUGUACAUAUAAAGGGCCCAUCAGGGAUCACAUAAAAACAUCAAUAUAAUCCACAGGUUAAUCCACAUAGUUUCAGCUGAUUCAGUUAAAGUCUUGUGAAGCAAAAAGCUACGAGUUUGUAAAAAACAAAUCUUUCAUUAAAGCAUUUUAGCAUUAAACCAUCGCCUCUGGCCAAAAUAAUAGCGCUUCCUUCAGUGAAAAAGUCCAUCCCCUGUUGUCCUCUCACAACAAAAUCCACUAACCACUUUUAUUUCUUUUCUUUCUUUCUUUCUUUUUCUUUCUUUCUUUCUUUCUUUCUUUCUUUCUUUCUUUCUUUCUUUCUUUCUUUCUUUCUUUCCUUCUUUCUUUUUUUGUUUGCUGUUUUCGCUUGUAAACAGUGCUUAAUCUGUGCAUUUUUCUCAGCUGAUUUAAACAAGUUGACUUUUCACUAGAGAAAGCAUAUUGUAAGGACUCAUAUUUUAGCUGAAAGCAGUGGUUUAAAGUUAAACUUGUAUUGAUGGAUUUGUUUAGUACAAAUACAAAGAUUUUCACUUCACAAGAUGUUAAUUAAUGGACUGGAAUCAUGUGGAUUACUUAUUAUUAUAAUGUUUUAUCAGUUGUUUAGAGUCUCAUUCUGACGGUGGCACCCAUUCACUGGAAAGGAUUCACUGAUGAGAAAGUGAUAUAAUGCUAAAAUAAAUAAAACAAACUCAUCUGCAUUGUGGAUGGCUUCAGUAAUAUGUGAUGUGUCUAGUCUAAUAGUGCAUUUUUUUAGUAAUAGUAGUAGUAAUAGUAAUAGUAAAAGUAAUAGUACAUUGCCAUUGACAUUUUAAUAUCUACAGGCAAAAAUUAGAUUAGAAGAUUAUUGAGCUUCACAUUGCAUGAGGUUAAAGAUGAUGACAGAAUUUCAACAAAUCACCCGUGGAAGGUGUGUUUCAGAUCCUAACAUGUGAGACAAACACUUUUUUUUAUGAUAAUUGUUCAUUUUAUUUGUGUCUGUCAAAUGAUGGAUGGUCAGUCAACCCCAGGUUUCUCUCGAUGAUUGUUGCCUGAAUGUGCGUCAGUGUGUUUUCCUUCUCAGUGACUUUUAUACCCAGCAGCAUUGUGUUUUAUGGUGUUUGCACAGUGACACGUUGUUUCUGUGAGCCCAGAAGUUCUAGCACAGAUUUUGUAUUACCUCACUGGUCUCCAGCACACAACCAGCUUCAUCAUGGAGAUCUCUCUGUCUCACCAUCAACAGAAUCCAUCUGUCCAGUCCAAGGAAAAGAGGACCUUGAGCUUCAAUGAAAUCACUAGAGGGUUCUCAAACCUCGGUCGACGCAACUCUUUACGAAGAACUCUUGGGAGACACAACACCCUGUCAGACUGUCACCCACACACGCUCAACAAGACCCUGGCUGUUUCAGAUGGAGAACUAAAUGUACUGGAAACAGAUAAUUGGCCAGGAUCGCAAAACUCCAGCAGUAACACCAGUCUGCCCACCGUGCCCAGUGAAGGGAGCAGAGGGGUGGGUCAGGUGGCCAGCUGGGCUGUCAGCUUUGAGAGGCUCCUGGAAGACCCAACAGGCGUACGAUACUUCACAGCAUUUCUGAAAUCUGAGGUCAGUGCUGAGAACAUCUUAUUCUGGCUGGCAUGUGAAAAGUUUCGCAAGAUACCUGCCCAUCAAGCUGAGCAGCUUAAAAGAGAAGCAUCCUCAAUUUAUAACAAAUUCCUGUCCAGCAACGCGACUUCUCCCAUCAACAUAGAUGACAGGGUACGAGUCGAGGAGAAAGAUGUACAAAAUCCUCAACCUGACAUCUUUCAAAAAGCCCAACAACAGAUCUUCAAACUGAUGAAGUUUGACAGCUAUACUCGUUUCGUGCGCUCACAGCUCUAUCAGAGCUGCAUGCUAGCUAAUGUGGAGGGCAGGCCUCUGCCAGGGCUGGACCCACGUGGCAGACCCCUCAUGCCAGCAAAACAUACCAGCAGCACUUCACCCAAAGAGCAGGCCAAAUUCGAUAGAACUAAGGAGAAGUUGAAGAUGAAGCCAGGAACAGCUGAUGGUGAUGAUGUCGUAGAGAGGAGGAAAGUCAAUCUGCAAGGCAUGAUGGGAAAAGACAAGCGCAAAGAGAAAAGAGGGUCCUGGGGAGAAUCACCUAUCAGCUUCAUGACUGGACUUGUGAAGAGUUCAGAGGUUGAGAAAUUAGUACCACGCUCUGCAGACGGAAGGGUAGAUAAGUACUGCUGUGUCUUUCUGCCUGAUGGUACAGCAUCUCUCACCCCGGCCCGACCUGGCGUUACCAUUCGCAGCAUGCUCACCGGCUUGUGUGAAAAAAGAGGCCUUCCUCUAUCAGACAUCAUUAUUUAUCUACAUGGCAAAGACAAACAACCACUGUCACUGGACCAGGACAGCUCUGUGCUGAAAGACCAGCAGGUGUUUUUGGAACUGAGGGUCACAUUUGCAGUGAAGGUAGCCUUCACAGGAAAGACGGUGGCUGUUGUGGUGAAAUCUAAUAAGAUGCUGCAGGACGCCCUUGCGGCAAUGCUUAACAAAUACCGCCUCAGGCCACAGGACGCCAUUGUCACCAUGAGUGGAACCGGACAGAUAUUAAGUAUGAACACAGCAGUCACCUCUCUGGCCAAUAAGACACUAAUUCUAGAUAAAGGUGUUGAUCAGGCCAGCAGCCCAAAAGGGAACUUCUCGCCACCUUUGCUACAAGAUCGGAGAGGUGCUGUGGAUGCGAACAUGUUCCCUCCAGGAGUUUCCAGAUCAACUGCCCGGCAGAGGAACCCUGGAUUGCGGAGAACCUAUGACAUGGAGGGUUUGGUGGAGCUGUUAAACCGGGCUCAGUGCUGCAGUGCAGAUGAUCAGCGAGGCCUUCUGAAGAAAGAACAUCUAAUGCUGCCUCAGUUCCUCCAGUUGGAAGAAGAUGAAGAAACUGAGACAAACAGAUCACUAGAGGAGUCCUGUUCCAGUAUGGGGUCUCUUGAAGUGGACUGUCCUACAGUUCAACCAAACACAUUAGGAAAGGAACAAUCAGAGAAUGAGUGCUCAAACCCAGCUCGAGAAACUGUGGUGUGAGCUAAAUGGACCUGUUACAUCUUUUGCGUCAAUGAUCAGUCACACUGGAGCAUGAAGAAUAGAGAAUAACAUUGCAGGAAUAUAAAGGUGAUGGACAAUUGUCAUUAGGAUUUUUUUUUUUUUUUUUUUUUGAUAAAAACAAUGCUAUGAAAUAUUGUUUACAGUAUAUGUACAGUAAUUCUGCACAUGUUAAUGUCCAGCUGCUUGUAUUUAUUUCAAAAUGAUAACAAACAUAAAAAAAAUACAUUCUAUCUGUUUUAAUGAAGACUUAAAGGUUUCAUUGAGGUUUUUUAAUCAUUGAAAAUUACAAUUACUGGUAACAAAAGUACAGUUUACUGUAUGUUAACAUUAGUUAUCAGUUUUAGUUAUUAAUCUGGAUUCAAUUUAAUUUAUAAAAUGCUUCAAUUUGUCUUUAAUUUUAAAAACAUUUUAGUGUACUUAAACAUUUUACAUUAAUAUUUUAGGUCUUUAAAAUGUUAAUAGUUUAGUUAAUGUAACAUUUUUGGGUGAAACAAGAUAUUUCUUAAAAAGUGAUAGACAGGACUUGAUUAUUUGCGUCAUGAUUUUUUCUUUAAUCAGACCAUAAAAAGUAUGGUUCCAUACAGUGGUUCCAUACCAGAAUGACUGGAGUUAUGGAGGCUCAAGUUCGCCUCAUUAGCGUGUCUAAAAUUCAUUAGUGUGUCUAAUGUACCAAUGGUUCUUUUAAAAAUCAUAAUUAGUGGGCCAAGUAUGGAAAGUGCUGCAAGUUAUCUUUCGCUUUUCUUGUAAUUCCUGGUGAAAGGGAGUCUGUAGCAGCCCUAUGAACAGCAAAUAGGAAAAUUAUGUAAAUUGGCACAAUAUAGAGGUGGUAAUGAAUAGUAAUCUGACCUCUGUGGUCUCUAGGACCAACUCUACAGCAGCACCACCAGUUCAAUAAUUCACCUUCCCAAUGGAUAUAAAGUUUGAACCCUUUGAACCCCAAAGUUGAUCACAUUCAGUAUCUUACAUUAAGACUCCGGUUUGUUCAGUUCUCAACAAAAUUGGACUAGAUAAUUAUUGGACAGAGAUGUUCAGGAAUAACUUUUGAAAUGUUUGUCAGAAAAUCAUAAGCUUUUGUAGGGUUCAUUGACAGCAUGUCCUAAAGGUACCUGAGAUGUUUAAAGUGCCGCUUACCUUUCAGAA